GGCAGGGUCGGGUUCUGACAGAAACAGCGCUGUGAAAGGGAAUCCCCCGGCAGGGCACAGAAGGGAAUUUUUGGACGGAGAAAGUGAAAGCUCUGGGUUAUAAAAAAGGAGGCAGCGCAGCCUCCAAGCCUGGCAGACUCCAGACUGGAAUGCUCAGCCUCCUAGAGGACGCCUCACACCCUACGCGGACACUGGUGUGCCUCCCACCGCUCGCUUGCAGUCAUCUGGGCCUCGGACUCCUGCACACGCCCAGAUCCGCGCUCGCUCACACUCGCGGUCAGCCUGCCCGGCUCAGCCUCCAUGGCCCCCCGCGUGGCGCCGCUGGUGGCCCUCGGCCUGCUCCUUCUCUGGACCUUCCCGGCCCCUGCCCUGGGUGGCGCCAAUGAUGCGGAAGACUGCUGCCUGUCUGUGACCCAGCGCCCCAUCCCCGGGAACAUCGUCAGGGCCUUCCGCUACCUUCUCCUCAGGGACGGCUGCAGGGUGCCAGCCGUUGUGUUCACCACACUGAGGGGCCACCAGCUCUGCGCACCCCCAGACCAGCCCUGGGUGGAGCGCAUCAUCCGGAGACUGAAGAAGUCCUUUGCCAAGGGCAAGCGCCACAGCAGUUAGCCCCCGGCAGCACCACAGGGAGUCCUGAGGCUGACAGAGGAUGUGAACCUCCGGCCAGGGGAACCAAGGGCCAGAGGGAGGGCCAGGCCUGCAGGGGCUCUGAGCCAGCGCUGACCCAGCCAGGCCGGGGCCUCGAGUGCGAACGUGCCUGUGAGUGCGAGUGUGAGCGCAAGCACGGCCUCUCCACUCCCAGACUGCAGGGCUUCCAAUAAAGCCACUUGGCACCCGGGGA